AUGCUGCCUCAGCAACCCCCCCCCCCCAGCCUCAGCACCCCCCCCCCAGCCUCAGCAACCCCCACCCCCAGCCUCAGCAACCUCAGCAACCUCCCCAGCCUCAGCAACCUCCCCAGCCUCCCCAGCCUCAGCAAACUCAACAGCCUCCCCAGCCUCAGCAAUCUCAACAACUUCCCCAGCCUCAGCAACAUCCCCAGCCCCCCCAGCCUCUGCAGUCUCCCCAGCCUCCCCAGACUAGGCAACCUCCCCAGCCUCAGCAACCUCCUCAGCCUCUGCAAUCUCCUCAGCCUCAGCAACCUCCUCAGCCUCAGCAACCUCCCCAGACUAGGCAUCCUCCCCAGCCUCAGCAACCUCCUCAGCCUCUGCAACCUCCUCAGCCUCAGCAACCUCCCCAUCCUCAGCAACCUCCCCAGCCUCAGCAACCUCCCCAGCCUCAGCAACCCCCCCAUCCUCAGCAACCCCCCCAGCCUCAGCAACUGCCCCAGCCUCAGCAACCACCCCAGCCUCAGCAACCCCCCCAGCCUCAGCAACCCCCCCAGCCUCAGCAACACCCCCAGCCUCAGCAACCGCCCCAGCCUCAGCAACCUCAGCAACAACCCCAGCCUCACCAGCCUCAGCAACCUCAGCAACCUCCCCAGCCCCCCCAGCCUCUGCAGUCUCCCCAGCCUCAGCAACCUCCCCAGCCCCCCCAGCCUCUGCAGUCUCCCCAGCCUCAGCAACCCCCCCAGCCUCAGCAACAACCCCAGUCUCACCAGCCUCAGCAAUCUCAGCAGCCUUCAUAUUAAUUUCCUAAUUUAA